UAGGCUGGAAGUGGGUGGUUCUGACCGCGAUCGACUGCUUGGGCUGUUUCGGGGCGAUGGCGAUGAUGCACGUCAUCGUUCGUUGCCCUUCCGUCGUCGCUAGGCAACCCAACGAAAACCCAUACGUUCGGAAUUUGUGCUGGAGGAGUGGAUUCGGUUUUUUCUUCGAUCACUUUUCCGUCGAACUUGAACGCGAGCGAAGCGAACCAAGCAACCGGGGGGAUCACUUUUUUCCCAACCGGCUUCGUGUCAAGACCUACUGCACAGCUGACCCCGUCGCUCGCCAGGACUUUUUCGAAGCAACCAUGGCUCCUGGGACCGAAACCGAAUCCGAUCAACUGACGGCGGUAAACAUCAGCGGCGGCGGCGACGCCUUGGAAAAGCAAUCCGAUGUUGAUUGUGAGACAGCGUCGGGUGGAAGUGCAGCUGCCGAAGAGGCAUCGGAGGAUUCCUGCCUGAUCCGAUGUGCCAACUGCGACGAGCUCUUUUCGCCGGAUCGUUUCGAGGAGCAUGUGUGCGAGUACGAUGAGCGAAAGAAGCGGAUCGUUCCGAGCAGCGUGCUGGACGGACAUCCGUGUUUGCGGCAGCUGGAGGACAACAUGGACCAGUGGAAACGGCUGACGAAGAAAAAGGGUCGCAGCGAUGGGACGACGACGACGGAGGGGGGUAGCGGUGGUGGUGGGAAGAAGGAUAAGCGGAAACAGCAGCGCGAGAACACCGAGAAGAGGCGGAUGUACGAGUGCAGGCACUGCGAGCGGAAGUUUGUUCAUGCGACCGGGUUAGAGAAGCACCUUGCGAAAAUGCAUGCGGACAAGGAGGGUGAUGUGAUAUUUGUUGGGGAACUGAAACAGCCCAAGAAAGAGGAAACUGGAGAUCCCUUCAAGGUAUGUCUCAAGUGUAUGAAGUGCGGGAUGGCAUUCGGAACAUUGGAAAAGAUGAUGGAUCACCUGGAGACGGUCGAUUGGGAACGGGAAUUGGAACGCGAGGAUGGGAGCUACAUGGAUAACGGCAAGCUGGCGCUACGGAAGGCAUUUAGAAUCGUGAUACUGACGACGGUUUUCCAAUGUGAGUUUUGUGACAAACACUUCUCGGAUUUGCCGUCGCUGUGUGAGCACCAGUCAUUGCAUGAUCCGGCUACCGGAUUUGAAUGCACGUUGUGUGAGAUAAAGAUUCCAUGUAUGAAGGAUAUGCUGUUCCAUCGGUUGAACGAAUGUGUUUUCCGCGAUGCGUGGAACGAUGAGUUUCGAGGUUUGUCCAAAUAUUUCGCAUGCAAUGUAUGCGACGAGCAGUUCCAAAGCUUAGGUGCCCUCUACGAGCAUCGUUAUGCAAAUUAUCACUUAUUUCCUCGCUUAUCGAUUAUGGAAGAAAACGAUAUCACCGGUCAGUUCAAAGUGGGAUGCGAGAAUUGUGGAGUAAGCUUCGACAACGCAGACACCUUUCUCAUGCAUUAUACCACGAAUCACGCUACAAAGAAACACAGCACCAUAGGAUUGCGCCGUCAGCCUGCGGAGAAAGAUGCAGCGGAUGCGACUUCACCAAACUCAUCCACAAGACCAUAUCUGUGCGAGGUUUGCGGUAAAACAUAUACCCAGUCCAGCCACCUAUGGCAGCACCUGCGUUUCCAUAAUGGCAUUCGUCCGUUCAUUUGCCCGGAAACGGGAUGCAAUCGUAGUUUUACCAUUCGGCCAGACUUAAAGGACCAUAUUCGAAAGUGCCACACCGGAGAGCGGCCGUAUGUUUGUGACCUAUGCGAUAAGCGUUUCCUUACGGGAUCCGUCUAUUAUCAGCAUCGGCUGAUUCACCGAGGCGAUCGUCGUUACGGAUGCGACGAGUGUAACAAACGUUUCUACCGAGCGGACGCCCUCAAGAAUCACCAAAGAAUUCAUUCUGGUGAAAAGCCCUAUUCGUGUCCGCAGUGUCCGAAGCAGUUCCGUCAGCGUGGUGAUCGCGAGAAACACAUUCGUGUGAAACAUUCGUCCGACGGUCCGGCAAAUCCGAAACCAGCCCAGUCAUACCAGGACACGCCACGUUCAAGUCGUGUGGGUGCCCCCGGAAAGCGGCAGCGACGUAGCGCAGGCGAAUCGAAAAAGCCGCGUCGGCAAAUCAGUCUCGCCGAAGAGUGUUCCGAUUAUGGUGCACAAGUGGCUGACGGUUCCCAGGCGGUUUACGUUGGAGAUGUGUCCCUACCGGCUAGUUUAUUCCAGCCAAUUUUGAAUGAUAUCGAUAUGUUGUGAACGUUUCAACAGUUUUUUUUUGUUUUAAAUUAUUAUAGAAUAAGAUUUUUAACGAAUCGUGAUAGACAUUCCGUCGUUAAAUCGGAACAUAGUAAUAUAUUGCAAGUUCAUGAAUUCUUUCCAUGUUAUCUUAAUAAAUUUUAAUUAUGAUUUACAGCUUUCUUUUUCACGACU